AGGCUGCGGAGUCAUUCGUAGCAACACUACUUUGUUGUUGUGUGUAUGACUCCCAUGGCGCUCGUGGCGGUAAUGCAAAUCACUGGAUGCCAACCGCAGUGAAACAAGAGGAGGAAGAAGAAGCUGUCAGGAAGUUUACAGAGCAGGCGGAAUGGUUAAAAUAAAGUUCACGCCGCUUAGACCGUGGAGUGAUUUCUUCCCUGGAGCGGAGCGAUUUGCCUUUCCAGACAUUUACGAUUUACAGAAAUGGAACUACAGAGUGACCUGCAACCUGCUGUAUUACCAGACCAAUUACAUUCUGAUGGCCGUGAUCGUGUUUCUGACAGUUGGGUUCAUGGACCCUAUUAGCAUGUUUACCGGAGCAGCUGUAGUCGUAGCAGUGUUCCUUGGCGCUGAGUGGGCUGCUGGCAACAAAGCUAUAAUCAAGAACUUUAGGAAAGAAAACCCUAUACUGUUUGUCUUUUUUGUGUUGCUUGCCAGCUACCUUCUUAUACCUCUCUUCGGUGAAGUCAUGGUCUUCUUGCUGGCGAUUAAGCUCCCGCAGUUCUUGAUCUUCACUCACGCUUCACUGCGUCUGCGCAACAUGAGGAACAAAUUGGAGAACAAGUUGGAGAGAGCAGGACUGAAAAAGUCACCUAUGGGCAUCCUGCUAGAGGCACUCGGCCAAGAGGAAGAGAAAUUAAACAAGAUUCAAGACUUCCUGGAUGGCAAGCUCAAGGAAUGACAGCGAGGUUGUAUGCAUGAUCAGUAUCCGGUUUUGUACUGUAGGUGAUUACAUCUCGAAAAGAUGUGUGAAAGUAUGCUUGACUGCUUAAAGUGAGAACCCAUGAUAUGACGAAUGUUUACAAACAUUAUUUACAAAUGUUACAAAGCACAAGAGGUGGCACGGUGGCUUAGUGUCGCCUUGCACCUCCAGGUUUGGGGUUUGAUUCCCUCCUUGGAUCUGUGUGCAUAAAAUUUGCGUGUUCUCCCUGUGCGUGGUGAGUUUCCUCUGGGUAAUCUAGUUUCCUCCCAACCUCUCAGUGUGUAUUUAAUAUUCUCCAAAAAAAUGCAGAUUAGGUUUACUGUAUGUGCCCUGUGAUUGACCCCAUCCAGAGGGUACCGUGCCCUAAGUAUCCUGAAAUAGGCUUCAGGCUCCCCGCGACCCUGUACAUAGGAUAAAGCGGUAUUCACGAUAAGUGAGUGAGUAAUGACGAAAAGCACAAGCUUUCUAUGAAUUAAAAUGUUCUCUUAAACAAAAAAGAGACUGUUUUUGAAAUGUGACGCUAACAUUAUCAUAACAUAAAUUAUAAUGAGUGUUAUUCCAACUGUUGCCAGAUGAGUCAGUGAGUCUUAGGAAAAUGGGUUCUGUUUAAGUACCGUUACCAUGGCGUGAAGGUCCACCUCUCAUGUCUGCUAGAUUUGUUUAAGCUUUAUGUAAUCUAUGAAUGGAGCAAAGUAUUUUUGUAUUACGUGUUUGUUUUGUAAGUUUUUUAUAUUACCAUUCAUCUCACUGAGCUUGACCAGGCAUGGACAGCAUCUUGUCUUGGUACAAGAAGUUUGUCUUGGUUCCAAUCGUUUAGACGGUGUUUGUCUUCGACAUAUUUUGAGUUACAAUAUUAUUCUUGUUUAUUAGCUGGUAAAUCACUAAGGAAAUACCAAAAAUACCAAAUUGUUAGAAAGAAUAUUGAUUAACUCACUGCAAUCUUUAACAUGUAAAAAGAAAAUGUUUAAUAUUGUGUACAAGAGAUUUAAUACAAGGGAUACACUCCAUGAUGUUAUCAAAUGACAAAUAAAAGAACUAUUUUUUACACCAUA